AUGCGGUUCAAGACGGAUCUCAAGAACAUCAGGACUUUUUCAAAGCUCGCCGCAGCGUUGAACUCCCUCGAGAAGAUCGCCUGGAUCCGUCUCGACGAUGACACGGUCCGCUUCACCGUGAUCCCAGAGGUGGGAUCACAAGUCUGGGCCUCCCUCUCAGCAGACCUAAUCUUCGACAACUACCAACUCCAAUCCAACGAACCAGCCAACACCAUCAACCUCGAGCUCCCCCUCGCCCCCCUCCAACGAGCCCUCCGCUCCGCCAUCAACUCCCACAACGCCAACCUCCGCCUCACAAAAAAGGACGGCGCCCCGAUGUUAUCGAUGGUAAUCCACACAAUGACCAAAGACUCCGGGGGUCCCAACCCAGCAGCCCCUCAUUCCAGACCCGCCGCCGACGACGACGACAAUGACCCCUUCAACGACCCCUCCCCCUUCCCCACCGAACCCCUAGAACUCCAAAUGAAACGAGAACGCGAAAAGAUCAUCACCCAGGACAUCCCCGUCCGCGUCCUGCACCCAGACACAGUAGAAACAAUCAUGCAGCCCAAAGUCCGCGAGCCAGACGUCCACAUCCAACUUCCCCCCCUCCUCCAGCUCAAAGCAAUCUCCGAUCGGUUCACCAAGCUUGCUUUGACUACCGCUUCUCCCUCCUCCUCUUCCCACAACAACAUCGUGACCAAGGACCCAAAGUUGGAGUUAUCAGCUAACAUGCACGGCUCGUUGCGGCUACGGCUGAGAACUGACACGCUGGAUAUAACCUCUGUCUGGGACGGGCUGGAGAACCCUGAGCUGGAUCCUAGUCAAUUGGCGAUGCCGCUCGAGGAGCACCCGAGUACGGUGUUUAGAGAGGCGGGGAGGGAUAAGUGGGCUACUGUUAGGGUCGACGGGAAGGACUGGAGCAGGGUGUUGAGUGUGGGACGGCUGGAGGGGAGGGUUAUCGCUUGUUUUAGCGACGAGCACGCUUUGAUACUGUAUGUCUACGUGCCGCAUUCUAGCGGUGGGGUGGGGGGUGGGGUGGGGGGGAUGGAGGAUGUUGUUACUUAUUACGUCUCGUCUUUUAGUUCGUAA